AGCUUCUUUCGUAACCGUUUGCUCAUAUGUCGACUGUUCUUCCCCAAGGCGCAGGCUAUGGCGUCGUCGUCGGAAUCGGAUUGUUCUUCAGUGCUUUCAUGUUGGGUUUGACUGUCAUACAAGCACGCUACACAGGUGUCUCUCCCAAAGAUUCCGAAGAGUUUUCGUCUGCUUCACGCUCGGUGAAGCCUGGGCUCAUUGCCUCUGGUAUCGUCUCUGCUUGGACGUGGGCAGCAACACUGCUCCAAUCUAGUGCAGUCGGCUACAGAUAUGGUAUCUCGGGUCCAUGGUGGUAUGCAGCAGGUGCGACCGUACAGGUCCUCUUGUUCGCUCAACUUGCUGCGAAGCUAAAGCUCAAUGCUCCCUAUGCACACACUUGGCUUGAGAUUGUUGGAGCACGGUGGGGAACUGCAGCACAUCUUGUUUUCAUGGUUUUCGGUCUUGCAACAAACCUGAUCGUGUCUUCGAUGCUUGUCUUGGGUGGUUCGGCUACUGUGACGAGUUUGACUGGGAUGAGCACGAUUGCUGCGUGUUUCCUUAUCCCACUUGGUGUGGCCAUUUACGUUGUCGUUGGUGGAAUGCGUUCCACAUUGCUUUGCGAUUACACACAUACAACCGUCCUCUUCGCCAUCAUCUUGACGUUUGCGUUCACCGUAUACGCAACCUCGGGUUCCAUUGGCUCCAUCAGACACAUGCACUAUCUACUGUCCGAGGUAUCCCAGAUCUCGCCCGUAGCAGGUAAUGCUGGGGGCUCGUACCUCACUCUCCGCUCCAAAAACGGUCUCAUCUUCGGUGUUAUCAACCUCAUUGGCAACUUCGCGACUGUCUUUCAGGACCAGGCAUACUGGCAGCGCGCCAUUGCCAGCAGACCUUCCACCACUGUCAAGGCGUACCUCAUCGGCGGCUUGGCAUGGUUUGCUAUUCCGUUUGCAUUCUCGACGACGCUCGGCCUUGCUGCAGUAGCUCUGUCUGCGGUGCCCGCUGCCAACUCCUCGUCGCAAGAUCCACUAUCAAGCAAUUUCAUCCCCCUACUUGCGCCGCUCUCGCAGGCUGCAAUCUCAGAAGGUCUUCCAGCUUCGGUAGCUGCCGCAACUUUGCUCGGGCAAUCAGGUGCAGCUGCGCUUCUCAUUGUCCUCUUCCUGGCUGUGACUAGUGCCACGAGUGCGGAGCUUAUCGCAGUCUCUUCCAUUUUGACUUACGAUGUCUAUGUAAGGUAUAUCAAUCCAAAGGCAACAGAACAACAGAUUCUGCGCAUGAGUCAUGCUGGGGUUGUCAUUUUUGCCCUUGUCAUGGGUAUCGCCGGUGUCGUUUUCUACUACAUUGGAGUGUCCAUGGGUUGGCUCUACACGUUCAUGGGAGUCAUCCUCGGCUCUGCUGUCUGCCCAAUCGCCCUUUGCAUUACCUGGAAAAAAGCUAGCAAAGUAGGAUGCGUUGGCGGUUCGCUCGUUGGUUUUGCCGCAGGUAUUAUUGCCUGGCUUGUGACUACCUCUGCACUUAACCAAAAAGUCAUUAAUGUCACUACGAGCGGAGGUAACUACGAAAUGCUGGCAGGAAAUCUUGCAUCAAUCGGUGUCGGUGCCAUCAUCUCAACUGCCGCUUCACUGAUUUGGCCAGAGGACUACGAUUUUGCUUCGACUCGUGCAAUCAAUAACCGCAGUGCCGCCGCCGCUAGUAAAAAGGUCAGCGACGAAUCAGACGAGGCAGAGGACGAGAAGAAAGUGGGAGACAUAUCAGUGUCAUCCGUGAUGAAUGAAGCAGAAGUCGACCCCGAGCUAGAUCCAGUUGGCCUAAAUAAGGCAUUCAAGUUCGCUGCUAGGGCGUCGAUAGUACUUACUUUGGUGCUGAUGAUACUCAUCCCUCUCCCCCUCUUUUUCGCCCAGACGAUCUAUGGCGUUACCGGCUUUUCGGUAUGGGUUAUAGUUGGUAUUGCCUGGACAUUCCUGUCGGCUUUCGCAGUUGUGAUAUACCCCCUGUGGGAGAGCAGAGCUGCGAUUCGGCUUAUUUCGAGAGGAAUGAUCAUGGAUAUAUUCUCUCCUGGGAGUGGUAAAUUUGUUCCACGGUCUGGGGAGUCUGGCGCAUGAAGUUUCUGUGAUAGCUUUUUUUGGAGGUCCCCUGUAUUUGUUCUCCAGCCUGCGCACGAUAUAGAUAGAUACAGAAACUUGAAAUAUACCUGCAUAUCUCUGUGCCCCACGACAAUAUCGUAACGGGACAGAAUACUCUACCGGCCCUAGUCAGACCCAAUAGAAGGAAGAUAAUCACUGUUUCGCUGUUGUACAUGCUAGAUGGUAACACUAUGACAGCAACAACAUGGCAACU